AUGGUGCAAGCUGUUGCGCCCAACGGAAACCCUGCUUGGCGUCGAAGGAUAUGUGUCUUCUGCAGCGCUGCCAUCGUACUGGUUUCGGCCACGAUUCUGGGGGUUGUGAUCUGGGAAGCUCAGAAUGCUGAUGACUCCGAAACUAUGAAAAAACCGAUGUCCUGCGGCAGUGCCGCUCUUUGUGGCGUCCUGGCGCUGGAGUCUGGUCUGGGCAGCGGCCUUUACCAUCAUGCGGAACCCAGCGUCCACGGCCUCUGGCCGGAGACGCCUCCCUACGGGAGCUCCCGGUGCAUCCACCCGAAGUCGAAGGUCGCGCCGUCUUCCCUGCCCAGCUGCUACAGGAACCAGGAGGCUGCCAAAGACCCCGAGCACGAGAAAGAGUUCGUGGACCACGAGUGGACCAAGCACGGGUCGUGCGCCGGCACCAGCAACGGCAAGAACUACUUUCAGCAGAUCUGCAAUAUGUCAGAGGAGCCUCUGAAAGUGAUCGCCGCCGGAUUGAAGAAAAGCCAUGACCUUCACGCUCUCGUGAGUGAGCUCGAGAAUUCGAACUUCUCCGUCCAUGAGAUCGAUCCGGAAUUCGGCCAGAUCAUGCUUUCGGCUUGCGCAGUGGCCGACGCCAACGGCAAUUAUGUGUGGAAACUCGUCGCAGAGGCAAACUUCAAUGAAUCGUGCUCGAGUGGGGGUCCAACACCUUCGCCGCCGGCCCCGCCAACACCGGGAGCGUCGUGUCAGGCAGGCCUGCGUGGCCCCACAUGCCAGACGGACGCCGACUGCAAGAACGUCGCCGGCUGCGUCCGAUGUGCUCACAGUGGUUACUGCACUGAUCAGCCAAUCUCUGUCGUCGUGUGA